AUGAGGCGCAAUCUGAGACCCAGAACCACAAUCCCUGAUUCAGACGAUGAUGUACCAUUAAGCGAAACGUCAUUGAGGAAUUCCUCCCCUCUCCGUCGAUCAAGUCGAUCAGGACCUCUGCAAGUCAGUGGAUCAUCCCUUUCUCAAUCUCGACCUCGUGUCAUAAAAGAUUCCGAAACAGAUGAGGAUGAUGAUGUCGGUCUAUCGGACUCAGUGGUACCAGACAGUUUUAUUUCAGGCAGAAUUGCGGUGGUUGUGCCCAUGAAAAACGAAUCUCCCAGUGAUUCAAAUUCUCGGACUUCACUUGGGAAUCAGUCCACGAGCUAUAGUACCCCAGCUACUGAAUUCGAUACCAAGAUUGCAACAAAGCCGUCGGCGCGUAUCAAUGCCGCCGAUCGCGUGAAAAAACUACAGUCGAGCACAUUAUCCCUAGGAAAUUCCCAAAGAGGAAGAAAACGAUCCGCAGCUGUUUUGACUGAGGAUGAUGAUGCCUCUGAUGUUCCACUAGCUUAUGCCUACAAAAAAAAGACGGUAAAACGACCUACGGGUGCUCUGUCUGUCCAACCCGAUCUCGAGAAUUUCGAUACCGCUCUGGCCAAAUACAAAUACCCACGUGCGACAGCAGAACAACGGUUGCUCGCAGACAAAUUCGUCGAUGAACACUUGGAAUACGAAUCGGACCCAGAUUCUCGACCAGUACGCUUCCCUCCGUUGAGCCCUGAGCCACCAGGAUCACUUGGUUCUGGCACUUCUUACUCGGAUACCUCAGAGGAUCCCCUAGAGGGCAGAACUCCCAGUGCGCUCGGGGAAGACCUCAAUGGCGAUUUUGACGACUCUGAAGCUGAUCUGCCCCCGACCUGGGAAGAGCAGCGGAAAGCUCGCCGUAUAGAAAGAGACCGAAAGAACCUGGUGAGCAAACAUCCUGCCAUUGGUACCAUGUGGGAUGUGCUCAAAGCACAACCGAUUAUCCAACCAAAGGAAGCCAAGCAACCUGUGUCCAUUACUCGAAAACUUAAGCCAUUUCAACUGGAGGGCUUGAACUGGAUGAUAGCACAGGAAAAGACUCAAUACAAGGGUGGCUUAUUGGGGGAUGAGAUGGGCAUGGGAAAAACUAUCCAAGCAGUAUCACUCAUCAUGUCCGAUUUCCCCCAGCCGGAUCCUACUCUUGUCCUCGUGCCACCGGUAGCUUUGAUGCAGUGGGUAUCCGAGAUCAAGGAAUACACGGAUGGAAAGCUGAAAGUUUUGGUCUACCACAAUUCCGACGCGAAAGUCAAAAAGUUGACACAGGCUGAAAUUCGCAAAUACGAUGUCAUCAUGAUUUCCUAUGCAAGUCUCGAAUCCAUUUAUCGCAAGCAGGAGAAAGGUUUCUCGCGCGGGGAAACGAUGGUCAAGGCAAACAGUGUCAUCCACGCAGUCCACUAUCACCGCCUCAUUCUUGACGAGGCGCAUAGUAUCAAGUCGCGUACCACGGGGGUUGCCAGAGCAUGCUUUGCCUUGGAGGCUAAUUACAAGUGGUGCCUAUCGGGCACACCUGUACAGAACCGGAUUGGAGAAUUCUUUUCUCUUCUACGCUUUCUACAAGUCAAGCCAUUCGCAUGCUACUUUUGUAAACAGUGCGAUUGCGAACAACUCCAGUGGACCUCGACCAAAGAGGGGCGUUGUACUGAUUGCUCUCACACUGGGUUUAUGCAUAUUUCAAUCUUCAACAAGGAGAUUCUCAACCCAAUCAUCGAGGGGAAAACUCAGCAACAGCGUAAAGACGGUCUUGAUAAACUCCGUCUGAUCACUGAUCACAUUAUGCUCCGCCGAAUGAAGCAACAGCACACAAAGUCGAUGGAGCUUCCAGCUAAACGUAUCACCUUGCACAAUGAAUUUUUCGGCGAGAUCGAACAAGAUUUCUCACGCAGCAUUAUGACGAACUCGACUAGAAAAUUCGAUACCUAUGUCAGCGAGGGUGUCAUGUUGAACAACUAUGCCAAUAUCUUCGGAUUAAUCAUGCAGAUGCGCCAAGUUGCGAAUCAUCCCGAUCUGAUUUUGAAGAAAAAAGCGGAAGUAGGGUUCAACAUUGCUGUGUGUUGCAUAUGUGAUGAGCCUGCAGAAGAUGCCAUUCGAUCUCAGUGCCGUCAUGAAUUCUGUCGUCAAUGCGCCAAGGACUUUAUCCAGUCCUUUCAGGACGACAGCAAGCACGUCGACUGUCCACGGUGCCAUAUCGCCCUUUCCAUUGAUUUAGAACAGCCCACCCUUGCAGAAUACGAAGAGUCCGUCAAGAAGAAUUCCAUCAUCAACCGCAUCUCCAUGGAAAGUUGGACUUCGUCCACCAAAAUCGAGAUGCUCCUCUACGAACUCUUCAAGGAGCGAGGCAAAAGCCAUACCCCCAAAUCCAUCAUCUUCUCCCAAUUCACAUCCAUGCUACAACUGGUCGAGUGGCGGCUACGCCAUGCCGGGUUCAGCACCGUAAUGCUGGAUGGAUCGAUGACCCCGGCACAGCGGCAAAAGUCCAUUGAAUAUUUCAUGACUAAGCCUGAGGUUGAGGUUUUCUUGGUCUCUCUCAAGGCUGGUGGGGUGGCCCUCAACCUAACAGAAGCAUCCCGAGUUUUCAUUAUCGACCCGUGGUGGAAUCCCGCGGCGGAAUGGCAAAGCGCCGAUCGCAGUCACCGAAUCGGCCAGCAGCGGCCUUGCGUGGUCACUCGACUCUGCAUCGAGGACUCAGUCGAGUCGCGAAUCAUUCAACUUCAAGAGAAGAAAGCCAAUCUCAUCCGAGGUACCCUGAAUAAAGAUCAAGCCGCAGCAUUGGAAAAGCUGACCCCGGAGGACAUGCAGUUUCUCUUCCGAGGAACCUGA